UUUCCGCCCGGCCCGACCCGCUCGAGGUGGCCGCGCGUCGCAGCCUCUGCUGUCCGCGGGGAGGCGGUCCCCGCAGCCUGCGCAACUUGCCUCGGCGCCUCUCUAAGGAGCGCAGCGCGGAGAGAGCUUGCGGGGCGCGAUGCCUCCGGCCGGCGGCCCCCGCACACCGCGCCCGCACGCGCUGCCCCGCAGCCUGUCCCGUUUGCGCGAGUGCCCGGGCCGUUCCCGCAUCGUGCUGGCUCUCGGGGCCACGCAGAUGGCGCUUGGAUGCCUCAUCGUGGCCGUGAGCUUCGCGGCGCUGGCGCUCACCACGUCGGCCCGCGUGCGCCACUCCUGCCCUUUCUGGGCCGGCUUCUCGGUGCUGUUGUCUGGACUCAUUGGUGUUGUCUCCUGGAAGAGGCCUCUCUCACUUGUGAUCACCUUCUUCAUGCUGCUCUCUGCAGUGUGUGUGAUGCUCAACCUAGCCGGCUCCAUCCUCUCCUGCCAAAACGCCCAGCUCGUCAGCUCCCUCGAAGGCUGCCAGUUGAUCAAGUUCGACAGCGUGGAGGUGUGCGUCUGCUGUGAGCUGCAGCACCACUCAUCCGGAUGCAGCAACCUGGGGGAGACACUGAAGCUGAACCCACUGCAGGAAAACUGCAACGCUGUGAGGCUGACCUUGAAGGAUCUCCUCUUCAGCGUGUGUGCCCUCAACGUCCUCUCCACCAUUGUGUGUGCAUUGGCCACGGCCAUGUGCUGCAUGCAGAUGGUCUCUGCUGAUGUCCUGCAGAUGUUCUUCCCACAGAGGUCUCAUUCUGCCGGUGCUGCCUGUGUGACCCCACAUGGCACCAUUCUCCACCAGACCCUGGACUUUGAUGAGUUCAUUGCCCCCCUCCCACCUCCACCCUACUACCCUCCAGAAUAUACCUGCACACCCACAGCGGAGGCGCACAGAGGCCUCCACCUAGACUUCACUCCUUCUCCGUUCAGCACUCUAUAUGAUGUUGCCAUCAACAGCCCUGGCAUGCUGUACCCUGCUGAGCUGCCCCCACCAUAUGAGGCUGUAGUGGGUCACACUCCUGCCAGUCAGGUUCCAAGUGUUGAUCACCAGGUGGCUGACUCCAGUUCUGAGGACCCAAACACUGCUGCUGGCUUCAGCACACCAGUGCCUGUCAGUAGCACAAGUCUCCCAACAUCAGAGGGUGCUACCUCACUGGGUCCAAGCCACCCAUCCCCUGAUGGCACUUUAGACACCCCGACACCUCUCCUAUCUACUCCAGUCCCUCACCACAUGUCUCCAGAAGCAACAAGCUUGAGCACACAGGCGCAACCAAGCCUAGGGCGUGUGGCCCGUUCAGCCAGUGACCCCACCUCCUGCACAUCCAGUGAAGCAGUCUCCACAUCACGCCCAGCCAUGGCUACCUGUCAGCGCCAGCUCUCACCUGCUGGCAACCCAGAUACCUGGAAAAUGGACCAAGGGACCAAGCCAGAGACCUUACAGACCGUCUCCAAAGAGAGGCCACACUCCCUAGUGGAGAGUAAGGCCUACAGGGACACCACGGUUUUGGUGGCUAAGUUCUUGGAACACUCACACUGCACUCUCCCUUCAGAGGCGCGACAUGUGGUGGGCACCAUCCGCUCAACGGUCACUUCAGAGGAGCCCAGGGUGGAGGAGGCCACCUUUGGUGCUGGCGGCCUGGACCAGCUAUGAAGCAGCUACAGACCUGGAUGUGGACACUGAUGGGCCCAGUAUCUGCAAGGUCCAGUCCUGCAUGACGCCACUAUGCUUGACAGAGAGAGGCCUUUGGCUUGCUGGGCAGAGAACAUCCAGAAUACCCAGACAGAGCUCUCUGGUGGCCUGGGCAGGGAACUGUUAUACCUCCCCCCAUCAGUUGUCUUGCCAGGACUGUUUGACCCCUGUCCCACUAACUCAGACAUGUUUUUCUCCUGCCCUUAGCAGGUUCUGGUUGCUUCAUGGGUAUAGCACCUUGAACUGAGAGAAACACCUAUCCAGGG